AUGGCGAGCACGGAGGCCAGUAGGUAUUCUCAGCCGCUGCCUUCCCCUCCUCCGGUCUAUCUCCGUUCAUCCCCGCCCUUUCUCUCGUCGCGUCACGAAACUCCCCGACGUCCCAGCUCGCAUCAUCAGUUGAAAAUGGUUUCCACGCGCGAACAAUCGCCCCCGUCUCGAUCGCUAGCGACCGAUGGAGAGACACAUCAGCCUGUGCAAGUUCCGAGAGUGCGGAUCCAUGGCGAGGUAGACCAGCCGGUUCAGAAUUUCCACGACGACGAAUAUGCUUUGUCACUUACGGGCGCUGCCUUUUCCGACUUGGCACUUGCAGAAAAAUCCCCGACGCACGGGAAGGAUACCGACGAUGCACCUCCACGUGAGGGAGAACUAUAUCAGGCUCCGCGGCCGUUAGUCUACGGCCACACGCCCAGGAGCAGUGGCUCGUGGUCUGUGGUCGACCCCAACUCCCGAGAACAACCCGACAGCCUUGCAACUACCAGCUCCUCAUCCGUCGACCAAGCGGCUCCGAAAGAGAAUGAGCAUGUGUCGCCCCGGGAAAGUCUGGAUAGCAGCGCAGAGACGCCCGAGGUCUACGAGCCCUUGCACUAUCACCACCGUCCCUAUGAGGUCCCUUCACAGUCCUCGGCCACUGGAUCCGGGGAGAACGUCUCGGGCACGAACGGCUAUUUGAGCGCCAGGCCCCGACCGCGGUCGACGUACUCCUUCACGUCCAGCGUCGGCGAAGGACGCCAUCGGUCCCCUCACCUAUCCCCAUACCUUCAGGGCCGAUCAUCCUCAAGAGAGUCUGUUGCAUCACCCGACAUUCGGCCACUGUCUUUUGUCGAUCAGCUCAACAGCCACUACCCGCAACCUGGUCCGGCCCCCGUACAGUUCGGGAACUCCCAGCUGCAAUCAGCAAUCGGCAACAAUGCUUCGCUGCUGAGCCACAAGCAAACGUUCGACAUGUACCUGGCCAAUGUCAAGAAAACGGACGAUCCGGCCGUCCAGUAUGAGUUUGCCCUGUUCAUGGUCAAUGCCGCGCUGGACAUGCCACCGGAUGGGCUUGGAGGCGAUGCAUCUGCCGUGUACGGACGUAAAGCUGCAGAGAUCACUCGGGGUGGAUUGCUGAAAGAAGCGAAGUCGAUCCUCCAGCGGCUUUCUGAUCGUAGCUACCCAUUUGCGCAAUACUACAUCGCGGACGGAUACGCGUCAGGAUUGUUCAGCAAGGGCAAGGAGGAUUAUGACCGAGCAUUCCCGCUGUUUGUGGCCGCCAGCAAACACGGACACGUCGAGGCAUGCUAUCGGGCGGCCCUGUGUUUUGAGUUUGGCUGGGGAACUCGGGUGGAGGCUGCCCGGGCGCAACAGUUCUAUCGGCAAGCAGCCUCUAAGAACCAUCCGGGUGCUAUGCUUCGAAUGUCCAAGGCAUGUCUUGCGGGCGACAUGGGUCUCGGCAAACGGUACCGCGAGGGGAUCAAGUGGUUGAAGCGUGCGGCCGAGUCCGCGGACGAGCAGUACAAUUCCGGUCCGUAUGAGCUCGGAUUGCUGCAUGAAACAGGCUACGGCGACGACGUGUUUCUGGAUCCGUCGUACGCCGCGCAACUGUUCACCAAGUCGGCGGACCUGGGGCAUGUGGAGGCCAGCUAUCGCCUGGGAGAUGCAUACGAGCACGGCAGGUUGGAUUGUCCGCGCGACCCGGCUUUGUCGAUUCAUUUCUACACGGGUGCGGCACAGGGGGGCCAUCCUUUGGCCAUGAUGGCUCUUUGUGCUUGGUAUCUGAUUGGAGCUGAGCCUGUCCUCGAGAAGGACGAGGAGGAGGCGUACGAAUGGGCCAAACGUGCUGCCGAAUCCGGCCUGGUGAAAGCUCAAUAUGCCAUUGGGUAUUUUACGGAGACGGGCAUUGGCUGUCGACGCGACCCGCUGCAAGCCAAUGUAUGGUACGUCAAGGCGGCCGAGCAAGGCGAUGAGCGGGCGAAGAACCGGCUAGCGACUAUUCGAGCGGCGGCCGAUGGGGUUGCACCAGGGCAAGGGGCUGCGGAUGCGGGGAAGGGCAAGAAGUCGAGUGGGAAGACCGAGGGUAAAUCGAAACGCUUCAGCAUUUUUUGA